AUGGCGAUGCGUAGUAAUACCAAGUCAAGAUCAAAAGGCUGGGCAAGUCUUCCAGAUUUGGCACUUGAUUUGAUCUUUCAAAAGUCGUCUACUUCCCUCUCUGAUUGCUUAUGCUUUGGCGCUGUGUGCAAAUCAUGGUUUUCUUUCAUGUCCAGGAACUAUGACGCCCAACGAAUAUGCAUGAAUUCAAGUUCCUUUGAGGAACUUCCUUUGCUAAUGAUCUAUCCAGGUGAUCGAGACUGCGUUACCAACUUAUAUAGUGUGACCAAAGGUAAAAUAAUCUCUGACCUCAAACUACCUUAUUACACUUGGAGAUGUUGUGGUUCGUCUCAUGGCUGGUUGGCUUUUCAAAAUCCCUUAACCUUUUGCCUUUUCAAUCCUUUCUCACGUGAGACAAUUGAUCUUCCUCAUCUUGAAUUUAAUGUCCAUAAACUUAUUCUAUCCAAGAAUCCUUCAACGAGUUCAUGUGAUUUUGAGGUUAUGGCUAUGUCCAAGACUUGGGGCCAGAGUAAAUUGGCUAUUCUGAAACCUGGUAGUAAGACCUGGAUUCCCACUCAUCUUCCUGUUGUACGCUCUAGUUUCCAUGAUGUGAUAUACUACAACGAGAGAUACUACGUUGUGACUUAUGAAGGUAGGGUCUUAUCUAUCAACAAUACUGCUUCGGAAUAUGAGCAGAUUGCACCAGCUUCAAUUAAUGAAGCAAUUACUGGUUUUAGAGAAUUUUAUCUUGUAAAGACCACAACUAACAAGCUGCUAAAGGUUCAAAUAACUGGUCGAUAUGAUAGGCAAGUGUUAAUAUUUCAAAGUUGGUUCCAAGUCCACCGACCAAAAAAUCCAUGUUUGCAAAAUUGA